AUGUCUCUCACGCCCCUAUUUUCCUUUCUCCUCUUUCUCCUCUUCCCUCUCUCGCUCGCCACCCAAUUCCCACUUCCUUCCGGGGUGCAACCGGAAGGUGUCACCUUCGCCCGUGGCUCCAACUAUUUCGCCGCGGACAUCCGCUCCGGCUCUAUCUUCCUUGUCGAUGUCGCCUCCGGCCUCGUCACCACCGCAGUGGCCCCGAUCCCUGGCCGCAUCGGCGGCGGCAUUGACGCAUCAAAGGACAGGCUCUUUGUCGCCGGAGGUGGCUCCUUUCUCCCUGGGGUAGAACCAGCAUUGCACGUCUACGAUAUCCCCACUGGCACACCCAUCGCCACAUGUCCAACAGGUGGCGGCAGCCUUGUCAAUGACGUUAUCGCCGACAAAGACUUUGCCUUUUACACAGACUCGUUCCUUGGUGUGGUAUACAAGUUAUCCAUUUCCGCUCUCCCUCGUUGCCGCUUCGAAACCAUACCCCUCCCUACCCCGGCUUUCAAACCUGAAGCCGGUGUCUUCCGUGCGAACGGGAUCGUAAAGUACAAGGGUGGCCUCAUCGUCGCCAAUUCAGAACUUGCCACACCCUUUUUCAUAGACAUUCUCAACGGCAACAAGGCGCAGAGAAUCCUUCCUAAUGGCACUACUGAAGGCAUCGAUGGCCUGGACAUCGUGCGCAUGAAGGGUGGGUCACUCUUGUACGUCACCCAGAACAGUCUUAACCGCGUGUCGGUGUGGAAGCUGAGCAUCCGUGGACGUCGGGUGUCUGCGAAAUUCGUUAAAAAUAUCACAUCAUCCGGAUUUAACGUCCCUACUACCGUUGCUGUCAAGAAGAAUACGCUCGUGGUGGCCAACGCGGCUUUUGGCAGCGUGCCGCCGACCGGACCUAUUGACGACGACGUAAGGCUGAACAUAACAGCAAUUCAUAUCUAAAGCAAUAUCAGUUCGGAGGAUGCUCUGGCAAAUGAGAGAGUAUGUGCAGAAUCGCAGCACUGUGAGUGAUGAUUUUGGCUUGCCUGCUUGGUGGUGAGAGGAUUCAGUCUCUGGUAGGGAUGUUUGAAAGGAUGAAGGGAAGCAGAAGUGGCGACGUCCUUCAAAUCCGUCAACAGCUUCCCUUGUUCUUCUGAUCUUCUGAGGCUUCGGCCUGCACCUUUUUUUGUGUUUGAAUUAGAUUGCACGCGCUGCAGUUAUGAAGUUAAACAACCACAUGGAACAGAAGAUUUCUUGCAUGGAGGGAUACUGUAAAAUUAAUUGUACAUUCAUCUACUAUAGUGUCUAUCGGACUGUUAUGGUUAGUCCUCAUAUGAGGACAAAAGUUAUUUUUAUUUUUUCUAGACAACGCAUUAACUUCUGUGUUUUUUGCAAAUAGAACUCCAUCGCCACAGGUAAAGCAUUUUGCUCGUCAAUUUUAGCGAAAA